CCUGUCAUUGGAGGCAUGUGGCAGAUUGGGAAAAUACUUUCGCCAGAUACUUUCCUGAAGCUGGCUAAGCAAUAUGGAGACAUUUACAAUGUAUGGCUCGGACAUUAUCCUAUGGUAGUACUGUCUGGAUUCCAAACGGUGAAAGAAGGCCUUACAAACUCACCAGAAGUCUUGUCUGAACGACCGGUGACCGUUUUCCUGAAAGCUGCACUUAAAAAAAAGGGUUUGGUCUUUUCAAAUGGUCACACCUGGAAGCAGCAGAGACGGUUCAGUGUCAUUACUAUGCGGAAGCUGGGUCUGGGGAAGAAAGGCAUGGAGUUCCAAAUACAAGAGGAAGCCCAUCGUCUUGUGGAGGUCUUUGCACAUGCAAAAGGGCAGCCACAUGAUUUUUCACUCCCCAUCACUAAUGCAGUGUCCAGCUUGAUAUGUGUUUUGGCUUUUGGAUACCGAUUUUCUCUUGAAGAUGAAAAAUUCCAAAAAUUGAUCGAUGCCGUUGAUUGCAUGUUGAAAGAUUCAAAUAGCUUACUUCACAUGCUGUAUGAAGUCUUCCCGUGGCUCAUGAAACAUUUCCCAGGGCCUCAUAGGAAGUUAUUUGCCUCAGCAGACUUGAUACUUUCAUUUGCAAAGGAGGAGUUAGAAAGGCACAAAGAGCAACGGAAGGAUGAGCCGCAGGAUUUCAUUGAUUUCUAUCUACUUCAGAUGGAGAAAAGCAAGGAUGACCCCAACUCUACCUAUGAUGAAAGCAACCUGGCAGAGUGUGUUCUUGACCUCUUUAUCGCAGGGACAGAGACGACUGCUGCUACUCUGCAAUGGGGACUGCUGCUCAUGGUGUCUUAUCCAGAUGUUCAAGAUAAAGUCUACAAGGAGAUGGAAGAUGUUUUAGGUUCCUCCCUUCCCAUUUGCUAUGAAGAUCGAAAGAAACUGCCUUACACCAACGCGGUGGUGCAUGAGAUUUUGCGUGCAAAAUAUCCCUUAUUAAUUGGGAUUCCCAGGCGAUGUGCAAAGGAUAUGGAAAUGCAUGGUUUUCACAUUCCAAAGAGGACAGUUGUUGUUACAGAUCUGAAUUCUGUUCUUGUCGAUCCCACACGAUGGGAAACACCUGAAGAGUUCAACCCACACCAUUUUUUGGACACGGAUGGAAAUUUUAGGUCUAGAGAAGAAUACCUGCCAUUUGGAGCAGGGGCUCGAGCCUGUGUGGGAGAGCAGAUGGCCAAGAUGGAGAUAUUCCUCUUCCUAACCACCCUGUUGAGGGCAUUCCGCUUCCAGCUGCCAGAAGGAGUGAAAGAACUCAAUAACAAGCCUGUUUUGGGGCUGACAUUGCACCCCCACCCUCACAAACGGUGGUCACGCAGACGCUUCCCUCCAGGGCCCCUUCCACUUCCUGCCAUUGGAAGCAUGUGGCGGACUGCGAUCAGGCUCUAUCAAGAGACAUUCGCUAAGCGGACAAAACAAAAUGGAAACACGGAGCGACCUGUGAUGCCUUUCCUUAGAGCUGUAGCAAAUGAAAAGGAUCUUGUAUUUUCCAAUGAACGCAUCUGGAAGCAGCAGAGACAGAUUGGGCAGUCUGUUAUGAAGAAGCUGGCGAUGAGGAAGCAAGGGUUGGAGCACUAUAUAAAAGAGGAGGCCCAUCAGCUUGUGGGUACCUUUGCCCGUGUAAAAGGGCAGCCAUUUGACCCUUUGUUACCCAUCACUAAUUCAGUGUGCAAUGUGGUAUGCGCUAUGGCUUUUGGACAUCGGUAUUCUGCUGAAGACGAAAAUUUCCAGAAGCUUACUGAAGCUAUUGAUCUUGCCUUAAAAUGUGGAGGUAGCUUCAUUUAUGCUCUCCGUGAAAUGUUCCCUUGGGUCCUGAAGCGUCUUCCAGGGCCACACAAGAAGGCUCUGUCCUCUAGGGAGUUUGUGCUUUUAUUUGCAAAGGAGGAGAUGAAGAAGCAUAAAGAACAUCAUCUCCUACGUGAGCCACAGGAUUUCACUGAUUUCUAUCUACUUCAAAUGGAGAAAAGCCAGGGUGACCCCAACUCUGUCUAUAAUGCAGAGAACCUGGCCCAGUGUAUACUUGACCUCUUUAUAGCAGGGACAGAGACAACCGCUACUACUCUGCAGUGGGUACUGCUCCUCAUGGCAACUCAUCCAGAUAUCCAAGAGAAAGUCCACAAGGAGGUGGAAGGUGUUUUGGGUUCCUCUCGGUCAGUCUGCUAUCAAGAUUGGAAGAAAAUGCCAUUCACCAGUGCUGUGAUUCACGAGAUCCAACGCUUAAAAUAUGCCUCCUUAUUCAAGAUCAUCAGGCAAUGUGCAAAGGAUGUGAACAUCUUUGGAUUUCUCAUGCCCAGGGGAACUUUUAUUAACCCAGAUCUGAACUCUGCUGUUCUUGAUAAUAAGCAAUGGAAGACCCCUGAAGAAUUCAACCCAAAUCAUUUUUUGGACAAGGAUGGGAAUUUUGUGGCCAGGGGAGAAUUUCUGCUAUUUGGUUCAGUGGAUUCUGUGUGCUUGGAGGAGCAGCUUGCAAGAAUUGAGCUCUUCAUUUUCUUCAGCAAUUUGUUGGGGGCGUUCAUCUUCCAGCUGCCAAGUGGUGUGAAAAAAUCCAGUGAACAGCACAAAGUGGGACUGACAACCUAUCCCCAUUCUUAUAAACUCGUUGCCAUUCCUCGCAGCAGGGCAUCAUAAACUAUCAACACAGUUUGAGCAGCCUAUUUAUUACCAUAAAUUUCUCGGUUCUGCUCUGAGGUGGAACUUCUAUCAAAAGUUGCAUUAGACCUACGAUAUAAUACAUUGCUAAAUCAAUUUCUGUUGCCGAAUACAGUUCUUCUUCUUUGUUUGCUGUUCAUACACAAGUACUCAGUACAGAUUUCUUGUGAUGUUUAAAACCAGAUGUUUAUCAGUUUGUGCUUUUCAAAGAACAUAAGGAAUGCUUAUUUAUUGAAGUUGCUGCUAUGGUUUAUUUUAUCAGCUCGUAGGAGAUUGCAUAUGCUCUCUUAGGUGAUGAAUUACAUCCUAAAAGAUAUCAGUAGUAGAGUUUGCAGGCCAAAGCCCUGUGACCCCAUUGUUGCAGUAGCAACAAAUAACUGGACGGGACAAUAAGUAUAUAUCGGGAUCAAACAGGACACAACUUUGUUGAUUAUCGAUGUGAAUGGUUUGGCAUCAGAAUCGAGCACGUUGCCUCCAAAAGGGGUAGUAGUGACUAGGCAGUAGUUCUUGUAGACCCCCUUUUUAAGGAGUAGUCACACCAUUACCUUUCUUGUCUAAUGGUGCAUUAACCACACUCUCAGCCACCCAGCCAACCCCUGUUGGCUAGCCAGAAUAAGCCAUGAUGGGCAAGGGUCAACAGAGCAUGGAGUUGGCUGAACUGCUGCAAGAGUCUUGUCCACAUCCUCGGGCCAUUAAAGCUAAAACCAUUUCCAUGAAACUGGGUAAUAUGGUGCACUGCACAGUUCAUCAGAUCUGUCACAACAGCAACAUUAUGCCUGUUCUGCCCCCCACAAGGGUCAGAUAUUAAUCUGUGUAUUAGUAUUAGGUAGAAGGAAUAACAACACUGCCCCUUUUAGAAAAGAUAGUGCCUUUCCCCACUUUUUAAACCUCAAGGCAGGUUGAGAAAUGUAGGCAUAGCAAUAUCCUAGUUCCUAUUGGGUCUGCCUCUCAGAGCAGUAAAAUACCUCCCUUCUUCCUUUGUUUCAGUCUAGUGCAGGCAUGUCCAAAGUCUGGCCUGGUGGCUUAAUCCAGCCCGCUGGUCGGUUUAAUCCAGCCCCUGUGGCAGUUAAUUUCCUGGGGGGAUGUCGUAAAAGAAGGUCAACAACUUCAAUCCUAAAAAAGUUCAAGAACUUUGGUGUAAAAUCCCAAGAAAAAUCUCUUCAAUCCUAAAAAAAGCUCAGCAACUUUGGUCAGCCCUCAUGCAUGUUCACUUCAUCAAAUCUGGCCCCCUUUGGAAAAAAUUUGGACACCCCUGGUCUACUGCUUGCAUACCUAGAAAGAAGGGUGAACUCAUUUGUUCUUACAUAACCCCAUGAACUCCAAAGAGAACUUAUUCCUAUUGGAAUAUGAUUAAUAUUUCUAUUUGUGCCUUGAUUCUCUUCAAUAAAUCUAUGAAUGAGAGCUUUGUGGACUUUUGCUGAAUACUAUCCAGAUUGAGAGAGAAGUCUCAGGACGGAAUAAUGGCGACCCAAGCUUACGUAUCCCAAGUGUGAAGAGUUGUGCUCAUGUCCUGCUUGUGGGCGCCCCCUAGACAUCUGGUUGGUCUGAUCCAGUGGGGCUCUUCUUAUCUUCCUAUUUUGCUUUAGUUAGCAAAUGUGUCUGGGUGAUGUGAGAGUGAAACCUACGUUUCGUUAAUGCUCCAGUGUUGCAUCAUUUUUCUUGCUCCGCUUCCAACUGAUACAUCUGAGGAGGUGUUAGUAGUCACAGCAAUAGAAUGACUUGUUCACACCCAUUUUAUCUAUGUUCUAGAUCUCCAUGAGUAGAGAGAUUAUUAUUAGUCCUCGCAACAGAAUGGGCUGUAGACGCCUGUUUUAUCUACGUUUUGGAUCUCCGUGACUAGGAUGUUACAUCUCUUCUCACCAAAAUUGUCACUGUCGCCAGCUGAGGGAACUUAAUAGUAGCCUGAACACUUUACCUUCUUCUUUGGUGACUAAUGUCUCCCCUGCUCAUUGUUUCUUGCUUAGAAAAACUUUCCUACAAAACUAAAUUUCAAUCUCUCUAGGGAGGAAAAAUUAUCAUAGAAAAUGUAUUAUCCCCUACCUUCUGCUAUAUGAUAAGUAGACAUGGUUAUUUAGCAAAGGCUAAAUAAAUAAAUGAUAUAUUUUUUUAAAGCACAAAAAUGGAUUUUUCUUUGAAUUGGAUAAAAGUUCAUGCUUAUACAGAAACUGCAAAAGAAGCAAGCGCAGGGUGGACAUAUGCCCUUACUUUACAGUCCUCUGAAGGGCUCUCCAAACCAAAUCCAGUUAACAUCAUCAACAACAACAACUUAUUAUUUAUACCCCGCCCAUCUGGCUGGGUUUCCCCAGCCACUUUGAGGGCGGCUCCCAACAAAGUAUUAAAAACACAAUAAAACAUUAACAACUUCCCUAAACAGAUAAAGAUAACCUGAGGAACUGAGGGCAGGGAGCUGAAGUUGCUCAUCAGCAACUAGCACGUGACAGCAGACUAAAUUUCUCCUCCAACACUACUCUCACAACAACCUUGCAAAAUAGGUUAUCAUCAUCAUAAACUUUAUUGCCCUAGCCAAAGGCCAUGGCAUCAUUCACAAAGGGAACAAAUAAAAAAGCAAUAUAAACCAUAAAAACAUCAGGCACUGCAGAUACAAUAAACCACGAUCACGUCUCCUAAAAAUUAUUUGUUGCAUACGAUAGAAUAGCAAGGGGUUCUCAGGUAGGAAGUGCCAGCUUAAAUAUCCAAAUCACUUUGCAAUUGACCGCUAUUUUACAAAAUAGGUUAUGCUGAGAGUGUCUGCUCUAAAGUCACCCAGUGAUCUUUCAUGGUUGAGGGCUCAUCCACACUUAGCUUUUGCCCUGUGCUUUCUAGACAUAGGUCGGGGCUUUAAACUCUGCCAGUGGCACUUUCACCAUGGAAACGCGCUCUUAAAUGCUUCAUCUGAUCACUACACCAAACUGGUAUUUUACUCUAACUGGGUUGCCAGCUGGGGCUCACCCAGACUUCAAUCAAGUUUCCUGCCUAUUAGAACUCUUCAGGCCUUCCUCUUUCUCCUCCUGCACACUCCCAGUUCUGCAUCUAAGCAGUUUACCCUGUCCCCACCUUUGGCAUGCCCCAAGAUGAGUUUCCUACAUGUUCAAGCCAAGAUGCAAAUCUCAGUACCAAAGCUGCAUUACCCCAAAGGCCUUGCUCAUUCUUUCCCUUGUGCCACUGCAGCUUGAAGGAAUGUGCCUUUGGGGUGAAUGUAUGAUGCUAAGAAGUUUAUAAUUUUCAUUUAUAUACAUCAUAUUUUGCCAAGUUUAAACAUUUUCAAUUCCGACUCCCUCCCCCUCUGCAGUUCCUUUCAUUUAUUUUGGUCCAUUCCUGCAUGCACCAAAUUGUCUUAACUUAUUCUUUUAUAUGUCUA